AUGUCAGACCUAGAAGGGCAUCACUACUAUUGUUCCAGGUGCCACAAUGUUUCUAUGGAGGCCAUUAAGCAUCGAAAGUUCUUCUCCUUAUUUUGGAUCCCUGUAGUGCCAAUUCACCUGAACAAACGGUUAAAGUGUUCAAUCUGUGGGGCAUAUAGGGAUCUUCCAAAGGAGGAGGUAAAAAGAAUGAUAGCGGAGAAGGUUUAG